GUUCCCCAAGCUCCUUUACUCUUCUGAGCAGCUUCACCAUUCCUAAGCUCCCUCUUGUUCCCAGCACCCAUCACCUUUAGCUGUGUAAUCCCUUUCCUUCACUCUCCUCAACCCAUAGGGUCCCAUCAACCUAUGUCUGCUCACCAUUGCUCUCCAUGCACAGGUCUCCUACACCACGGGUCCCCUCUACUGUGGGUCUCCUCAGAACUCCGUUUUCAGUUUAAAGCACCUUUCACCAAUUGCUGAGUUUGAUGGCAAAGACAUUGUUUCCUUCUGACUCUUCCAUGCUCCCUCCCUUUUAGAAACAAGCAUGUCAGAGGAGAUGGAAAAUUACGUGCAUCUCUAUGAGAAGCAGGAGGAUAGAAAGUUCAGAGAUGUUGACUUUCCCAGUCCCAGUGAUUGCGCCAAGGCGUUUGGAGGAUACCUCAGGCCUGCUGAGAGGAUGGACAUCGUCCUCACAGCCCUUGAAGCGAUGGCUGACUCCAGCAUCUAUGACAAGGAGGCGGCCUGCAGUGUGAUGGCCGUGGCCAUGGAAGACCACGCCUUCUGGAUGCCAGAUAAAACCCCGAUCAUAACCUCCAUCCGCAAGAACUUGAGGAGCAUCACCACAAAGACAGCGCGGCACUGCCUGGACUCCCUGCUCCUCCUUCUGACCAGCCAGAUGCCCACGGAAGAAGUCAGGAGCCUGCUGAAGUUCUCUCCACCAAGUGACAGCAGCAGCGCCCUGGACAUGUGGGAGGUGAUGCUCUGCAUGCCGCGGACCUUGGAGAAGGUUUUGAAGGAGGUGACCAAGGGCUCACAGCUGAGCAGGCUGGUAGAAGGAGUCACAGAAGACACCUGUAUCCUCUUCUUGGCUCUCAUGGCAAAGAGUGAAGACAAUGAAGACUUCUUUGGUGACUUACGCCACCUCAAGGCUUUUCUGAAGCAUCCAAGCGUGGAGAUGCGCAGCGUGGUGCUCAGAGGGCUUGUCAUGCUCUCCGAGACACAGGAGAAGGUGAGUGGGGCGUUGUCAACUGAAGCGGCACUGGGCUUCUUGGGCAGCGACGGGAGGAGGGUGGCGGUCACGGUGGGGCCUGCUGGCUUUGAGGAGCUUUGAGGAUGGGACGUCAAAGCCCAGUAAAGCCCAGCUUUUAUCGUGUCACCUACCAGAGUAGGUUGCCCCUGGCCCCAUCCAUCCUGGCCUUGAGCACCUCCAGGGGUGGGGUACCUACUUCUCCGGGCAGCCUCACCGCCCUCUGAGAAAAGGAUUUCCCCAUUGGCCUCGCUGAGGCCCCAUCAGUGCUCCCACGGCCGCUUCCGCUGCGACUGCCGUGCCAGCUGCCAGGAAGUGAGGAGGAGGCUGGAGCUCAGAGACUGGAGUGUUUUGCCCAGGCGGUCGUUCCCCGCAUCAGACAAAGGAACUUGCGUUUCCUACA